GAUAAAAAAAACAAACUCUUUUCUCUUUGAUAUUCCCGUCUUCUUCUCCAAAAUUCCAUCUCUCCAUGGCCGAUCCAUGUUUGUUCAGGGUUUGUAAACUGCACAAUAAGAUUGAACCAGUUCCAAUUUCUGUGUACUAGAUCCAACAUCCUUGUUCUAUAGAAGAAAAUUGAUUUUCAUGCAGAUACAACUCUGUGCUAUCUGUAGUUCUGCUGGCAAAAAAAUUAAAUGGAGUGGCUAGUAAUCAUCAUUACAUUGGUUGUGCUGUGGGUGGCUUCACUCUUUAAAAUUCUCCACGAAUCUCUCUCUGCCUCACAAGCUGCAGUUUUAAAUGAUGGUGGAGUUUUUCGCAAGAGAAAUGUCUUAUUGGUUAUUGCCCAUCCUGAUGAUGAGUCUAUGUUCUUUACUCCAACCCUUAAUUAUUUGUCUUCGAGAGGAUGUAAUUUACACAUAUUAUGCAUGUCAACAGGUAAUGCAGAUGGUAUGGGCAGUGUCAGAAAAGAAGAACUUUAUUUAGCCUCGAUUGUGCUUAAGGUUCCACAAAAGCAAGUGAAAGUCCUUGAUCAUCCAGAUCUACAGGAUGGUUUUGGCAAAUCAUGGAACUCUAAGUUAUUGUCAAAGAUUAUCAAGGAGGAAAUUGUCAAUUGUGCAAUUGAUUUGGUCAUAACUUUUGAUAAUUAUGGAGUCUCAGGUCACUGUAACCAUCAAGAUGUUCAUCAAGGUGUACGAAAACUAUUGCAAGAUACUUCACAUAAAGAAGUUGAAGCCUGGGAGCUUGUUAGCACUAACAUAUUGCGCAAGUACAGUGGACCAGUUGACAUAUGGCUGUCCCUUCUAUCUGCUAAGUUCCAUUUAAGCGGAGUAAGGCAUUGCUUGCUAAAUGAACAUCCCAGAAGGAGCUUAGCUGCAAUGGCUCAGCACAAGAGCCAGUGGGUUUGGUAUGUAAUACCUUUGCUAUAUUAUCUUGCUUACGAUGGUACACGUAUAAAAAAGUCCGAAAAAAAGAAACAAAGGAAGGGUCAUUUCAAUCUCAGCUUCGCUUUCCAGACAUUCAUUUCCUUCUUCUUUGGGGAGUAGUGGUUUAUUCCAUUAUGGAAGGGAGAAGAUAAAUCAAAUAUAAAGUAAAUGAUCUGUAAGACACAUCCAGCCCUCUAGAUUGCAAGCCAUCACACUGUUGUCCUUGAUGUAUUGCUUUCAGUAAAAAAGUAGUUGCUGAUAUCACUCGAUCUUGGGACUAAGACAUCGGUAUUUAGCCAGAUGAGUCUUCCCAAAAACAUUUUAUCCACACACAUUACAUGUUUUAUAACUAUCUUUUGGUUUGCCUUUUUCAGGUUUCGUAAGCUAUUUGUUUCUUUCUCAAGUUACACAUAUGUUAACUGCCUUAAGAAGAUCAAUUAGAUACAUAUAAGGUUAUUGGUUCCUCAAGACACUUGAUCAACUUGAUGUUGGUUCAGCAAUGAGAACAGUAGGUAAAAUCACUGAGUCGAUCAGUUCCGCAUCUCAGAAGCUUUAGAAAGUGAAGGCAGUGUUAGAAUUAUUGGUAAUUGCAGAAAUAGUUGGUCCAUCACCCAGUGUCCAGUACUCGCAUUGGGGCUUGACUUCAUGCUCGUUUUUUUUUAAUAUUAUUUAUUAAGUAAUAAGUGCUUUUGUUUUGGUGAAUAAUAUAGUUUUGGCACACAGCCAGUUAAUUAUAGACUAGUUCCCAUUCUAAUUCUCUUCUAUUUUUUGGUUCCUCUUUUGAACAACAUUGCUGGACUUUUGAAAAUGUAACAUUUUUGUGUGAUUUACAUGAAUGACCUUGAACUUUUGACCC